GUUUCAGUUUUACCUUUGACCAAGGAGCCAAAGCGUGACUUGUAGUAAUUAUUUAAUAUGUCAUCAGUCCCGGACGUCUCAUUUUCGGAAACGAAUACACAAUCAAGUACGACCAGGAAUAGUGACGGAGAAAAUGAUCGUUUGCUCUACACAAGGAGGUACAGUGUGAGAAAUAGUCAUAUGUUUAUCUCACUAAAAUAAAGUAUUUCACCUAAAAUGAACUAUUUACAUAAUUUAUCACUCUGUUUAUGCCAAAGUAUCGAGGUAUGUAACAGGUUGCCCAGUCGCAAAUUGCAAAAGUUCUAUACCUGAAUUUUUAUAUUUAUUGUCAGUUAAAUAUAAAAUAUUGAACUGGGUUACCUAUUGUAUCUUGAAGGUUAAAGGAACCAACUUAAUAUAUUUGAUAUCGUAGAUUGAACGGUGAUGCCACAUGUUACAGAUUCAGCUGAAUCUGUAGAAUUUAGCUCUGAAAAUUACGGCAGCGUUACAAGAAACUUUACAACGAAUUCGCACAAUGCAGAAAAUGGUACUCACUGUCAUAACGAUAAUAAUAAUGGAAAGUUGUUAGAUAAAAAGGCAAGAAAGAAACUGAUUAUAGCUAGUAUACUUUGUCUUAUAUUUAUGCUAUGUGAAAUUAUCGGAGGAAUAUUAGCGAACAGUUUAGCAGUUGCUACAGAUGCUGCUCAUUUGCUUACAGAUUUUGCUAGUUUUAUGAUAUCUAUUGUAGCAAUAUUCAUGGCAUCUAGACCAGCUACGAAAAAAAUGAGUUUUGGUUGGUAUAGAGCUGAGGUAAUGGGAGCUUUGAUAUCAGUAUUGUUAAUUUGGGUAGUUACUGGCAUUCUAGUGUAUAUGGCAGUCCAAAGAGUAAUGUCUGGAGAUUAUGAGAUAGAUGCUAAUGUGAUGCUUAUAACGUCAGGUUUAGGAGUAUUUUUUAAUAUUAUAAUGGGAUGUUCUUUACACGACGCCAGCCAUGGACAUUCUCAUCACGGUCAUAGUCAUGGAGGGCUCAUCAAAAAGAGUGCACAAAAAAAUAAUUCAGAGACAGCUUCUAAGAUUCCUCUUUUAUCCGAAGCAGGAGAGGGCGCAGAAAACCGACAUAUUGUUACGUUAGAAGCAUCAGAUUCAGGUAGUAAUACCUACCAGAAAGAAAAUAUAAAUGUUAGAGCUGCCUUCAUUCACGUCGUUGGUGACUUCAUUCAAAGUAUUGGCAUUCUUAUUGCAGCAUUUAUCAUUUACUAUAAGCCUGAAUGGAAAAUUGCUGAUCCAAUUUGUACAUUUUUUUUUUCUAUUCUGGUUCUUAUUACAACAAUAACUAUAUUACGUGAUACCCUCAAUGUCUUAAUGGAGGGUAUGCCUCAUGGGAUAGAUUUUAAUGAUGUUAAAAGAAGUCUGUGCGAAAUUGAAGGAGUUCGUGAGCUGCACAACAUGAGAAUAUGGUCCUUGACUAUGAAUAAAACUGCCGUAUCUGUCCACCUGGCAUUAGAUAAAGGCAUAAAUGCGCAAAAAGUUUUAUAUAAAGCUGGAAAAAUGCUCAAAGAACGAUAUAAUAUGCAUGAAUGCACUAUCCAAAUCGAAGAAUAUGUUGAGGAAAUGGGAACUUGUGAACAAUGCCAAGACCCCAAAGAUUAA